CGGAAACGAGUGAAGGAGUGAACACUAAAAUAGUCCGACCUUUCGAUCUUCUCGAUUUUAAUUUCACGGGGUAACAUUUUGAUAAAAGUGGAAAACAAUAGAAAGAGAUAUCUGGGGAGUCUGUCUAAAGGAAGGCCCAGUCCCUUAGCAGGGAUGACCUUAUUCAAAGGUCAAAUGUAUAGAACAUGAGGAAAGCAAAUAGCAGGAAUUUUAAUUCGAUUGAGUGUUGGGUGAAGUAAUCACAACAGCCAAUCAGGAGGUAGGAAAAUACCUUAAAGAGCCAAUAAGAAUUCAAAGUUUAACAGACUAUACUGCCUAAAAGUGUGAAAGUCGCGAGCAACUGAUUCGCGAUUGGCUUUAGUUUUGCAUCUGACCGUUUGGAAGAGUUGUGCAAGUUUUCUGAAUCAAUCACAGAGUAAACAAAAGCAAAGAAAUCUGGAUUACUUCUGAUAUUCAAUAAAGAAUUACUCUAAACAGUCCCGUGGACUACAGAUAAAGAAGUUUGACUACAUUAUAUAAAGUGUCAGGUUAAAGAAAGGAAAAAAAAUAUUAAUAAGGGGAUAUGUGGGCUCUUCAUGAUCUGCAGAAUACUCUUCACUUAAGAAAGAGCAUAAUUUGUAAUUGUUCCACGGUCUUGUUAGUUACGUCACAAAAUGCCUAUUAUAAUGAUUGAAGUUUGCAGGCGCGCGCAUAAUUCUAUUAUAGUAGAAAUGAAAUUUUUUCGUCGUCUUAUUUUUUUGCUUUAGAUGCAACCCUAGGAAUAGUAAUGGUGGGGCGUCUGAUAGACUAUGUCAUUAGAGGAGAUUCACAAAAAAUUAAGGUUUGUAAAGAUAAUGGAAUCAACGUGUACGCAUGAGAUAAAUUUGAGAACUCAUCUUUGUUUUACGCCGUAAGUGGAGAUAAACAAAACUGCGUGAAACAUCUCCUUAGAUUGUGUAGCAGACCCAAAUAGGUGAGACGUUAAAUUGUAUGCUGAAUACUCUUUUACGCAACGUAAUAAGAAGGUGAUUAGUGCUAGUUACACCUUUACAAUUGCACUCAUUCAGCGAGUUGAUAUCUUAGUUUGACAUCAAUAGACAUAGCAUAAUUUAUAUGCAUAACGUAUCCGUGAGUGGUAUUUUAGUUUCACCCAGUUAAACUAGAUAAUACAAUCAUAUUAAUCAUUCUCAAUUGCACAAGGUUACACUCGGUCAAUGAAGCAUAUUCAAAGAAGAGCGUUGAAUGCGUAGAGCUAUUCUACAUUCCUUAACAUGGAGGAUCACCAUAACAGAAUUCUAGUGUUCACAAAGAACGCCCAGGUCCGUCCGCCCAAAGAGAUCAGAACAAGAGAGUUCAUACAGAUGUUGAAGAACAAGAAAAUCACCAACAACAGACACGAUGUGUUAGAAUCAAACGUCGCCAAAGAGAAAAAGCUUAAAAAGAAGCUAUUGGCCGAUGUACUUCCUGAAAUCACCGCUGACCAGUUAAAAGUCCCCCAUCUUGCGCUAUUGGAAGACAUACCUCACAUGACCCUACAGAGUGCACUGUGGAAUCAUUCCCUCGUGACUGUAAAACGUGUUAAGGGACAGGAGGGUAGUAGAACGCUUGUGAAGAGAGAGGUGGAUAUAUUGUGCCGUUUACAACAUCCACACCUAGCAAAACUUCUGGCGGUAUGUUUAGAUCCUGAUCCAGAUCAUCUCUGUCUUGUAAUGGAGCAUUUUCAGUUUGCUUCUCUCAACCACCUGCUACACAAGACCCAAGAAAAGAUGAGCCUAUCUAUGAGAAUUCAUCUUCUAUUAGAUAUAGCCAACGCAAUGCUUUAUAUUCACAGCCUCUCCAUAAUUCACGGAUUUCUUAACUCAUUUUCAGUUUUCAUUGACGAGAAGUUUAGGGCAAAGAUCGGUAACCUAGAGUUUUCUCAGAAAGUUGGAGACUUGAAUCAUGAGAUUGCAUGUCGCAAGAUACAAAAGAACUGGAUGGCACCCGAGCAAAUCUUACAUGAGCCACCAGAUACAUUUUCCGAUGUUUACAGUUUUGGCGCUCUAAUGUGGGAGUCCCUGGCUAGAAAGGUUCCGUGGUCAUGGCUGACGGGAAUCACAUUAAAACAAGCUCUCUGUCGGGAUCGCAUGAUCCUUCCUAUGCUGGAAAUCUGGCCAAGCUUCAUUCAGUCUAUCAUGAAAAAAUGUUUCAGUGACCCCGCAGGUCGGCCAAGUUUCCUUAAUUUACAUAAGUACCUCCUGACAACUGAAAGCUGUGUAGAAGGACUGACUUCAGAAAUCAUGGACGGAGCCUUUCUUAAUUGGUACGAAUUUCAUGUUGGUGGCAAACAGGACGAGACUCAUAAAGUAAGGACCAGGACUAUUUCAGAGAUUAACCCCAGUUUGAACACUAGUGGAAAGCCAGAAAUUUACGCGAUGCGAAGACCUUCCUCGUCUCAAGCGAAUGGAAGGCGCAGAAGUACGCAUCUAACAAGCGGCUUGAAAGAUGCUUUAAGAAUAUUUUCAAAUAAAGCGCAAACUCGAAGGGAAAGAGAGAUUGAACAAUAUGGCUACCAAACUGAGGAAAAAUUACAGUUGGUUCGAGACGUUCAUCGACGGGCUCGAAACUACUCACGUUCCAAAUGGGCAAAGGAGGUUGCCUUAACCAGAGCAAUAGAGAGAGAUUUAGGGAGAGUCCAAAGGGGAAAAUGGAAAAAUGAUGGCACUGCCACGAAAGUCUCAACAUCGAUGAUACAUGGAAGGAAUAGUAGUGUUUCGGAUGAGGAUGAUUUUGACAGACUACUUAUGACAUCCUCUAAGUACUCGAAGAAGGACUGGUCUAAAGUACGACAUGGAAUGCAAAAGUUAAAGAACUCAAUGAGAGGAUUUAAGGAAAAGGUCAAGGAAGAGCUCAGCGUCUCGGGUGAGAGAGAUCUGGCUAAUUAUGACAGCUUUCCCGAAAAAGGUGUGGUAAAGACACUCUUUGAGAACGCAGGAACAGCUAAGGAAAGCGCUACACUGUUUUCAUCGUUUGAAAAUGAGACAACCAACAAAACAGUGUCUUUAAAGAGAAACAUUCAGGAAGUGCAUCAUUCGAAAGAUUCCGUUCACAGUCCAUCUCAGUCACUUAAUAAACCAUUGAAAGGGAGAAGGGAGUAUGUGAGGCAAGAAAAGGGUGUGCUACUUUCUGCAGCAACUACAACUUCUGCUGAUGAAAGGGAUACUCCCAACACCCGUGAAGGAACGGAGAUCGGUGGCAACCUCAAGGGUAAUACCUUACGUAAUAGCGUAAAUGCUGGGACAUGUGGGUCUCAAAGAAAAUCGGCGACACCAGAGCUCAUCGAGAAAUGCCGACCAAGGACGCAUUCAGCGGCAAAGGCGCAAGCAGGUCCAUUUGUUGAGGUAGAACAUACUAGAGAGACCAGUAAAGUGAAAGAGUUCAAUAGCAACCUUGUAGGUAACUCUUUGCAAAGUAAUGUAAAUGCUGAGGCAUGUGGGUCUCGAAGAAGCUUGGUGACUGCCGAACUCACCACCAAACGACAACCAAGGACUCACUCAGCGGCAAAAGCGGAAGCAAGUUCAUCCGCUGAUGUAACAGAUACCCGUGACACCAGCAAAAUAACAGUGUCCGGUAGCAAUCUCAAGGGUAACAUUCUGCCCUGUAGCGUAAACGCUGAGGCGUGCGGGUCUCGAAGAAACUCGGUGACCUCUGAGCUCACCGAGAAACGCCAGCUGAGGACUCAUUCAGUGACCAAGGCAGAAGCAAGUCCAUCUGUUGAUGUAGGAGAUACCCUAGACACCAGUGAAAUAACAGUGUUCCGUAGAAACCUCAAGGGUGACACCUUGCAUAACAGCGUAAAUGCUGAGGCAUGUGGGUCUCGAGGAAACUCAGUAACACAAGAUUUCCCUGUGAAAUGUAAACCGAGAACUCAUUUAGCGGCAAAAGCGGAUCUAAGUGCUUUCGAAGGUUCCAGAAACAGCGGUUUGAAAUUAACGGAUCUACAUAGAGAAACUCACUCCAAGGUCAUCCCGGAACUUCAGUGUAAUAACAAUUCAAAAAUUGUUCUUGAUCUCGAUUUGGAACUCCAGGGUGGAAGCUGUAAUAAUGUCCGUGCAAAGAGCUUUCGGACAAAUUCGUUUAUAAUGGCACCAACAGAAGGGCGCCAAAAAAUUCAUCGAACUCAAUCUCAUUCUCCCAGACAGGUACGACAAGGCUUGUUUGAUAUCAGCACAGCCACGUCGAGCACCAAGGAAAGGAUGAAAGAUAGAACAUUACCACGGGGUGAAAGCUAUGUAAGUUCAAGAACCGAUGGUGCACAGAAACUACCUUUAGGAAAGAGUCUUCAACAGCAGGUUUCCUUUAAGAAUAAUAAAAAAUUGUUAGGCGACAUAGAUGAAAGUGGUACCUUCAACUGCGGAAAAACGCUUUCUUCCGGUUCUUUUGACAAAUCGAGCACUUUGGAGGUCUCGGGUGUAGACUCAGCGAGGUCAAACAUUUCAAGAAAUUCAACGGAAAGGACCCGCUAUGAAAUAAAAAGGGUUGAUAAGGCUAAAGACAGUAAGAGUGGCGGAGCGAGAUUUCAGCUCUUAAAAGAGCGCAGUGGUGUUCGUGUGUUACUGGAUGAGCCACAAAGGGACACAGCAAGUUACUUGACACUAAAACUCGGCGAUAGGAGUUCAUUUAAUCCUAUAACACCGUCAGGCGAAGGAGUUAAGACACUAUCAGUCUCUUCCCUUGAAAGUAAUGCUGUGCGUUCUCUAAGAAAGUUACAAAAGGUUCGAUCCAACUCUCUAGGACAAGAACCUUCCGAAGGUCUCACAAUGAAGUGCAAUACACUGAUGACGAAAGGUGUUGGUGGGGAAGAUUCUGCUGCGGGAAAACCGAAGAUAGUAAAUUGCAAUCAAUAUGCAAUUAGUCCAAGUGCAUUAAACAAACAUCGCCGAAAAUCAUUUACUUCUGAACUUAAUGAAAAAUUACGACUCAGGAGGAAAAGGAUGGAGAACAAAAAAAAAUUACAAAUGCAGCUAAAAAUGUCUUCAAAAUCACCGAGUCAUUAUCUGGUGAAGCCAGUUUUUAUAUCUCUGGAAAGUUGA